AUGCCUCCAAGGAAAGCUGGCAGGCAGCGAGGCCAAGGACGUAGGAGAGGCCAAGGACAAGGCCGAGGGGAACUCCCUAUCUUUGAGGAGGGAGUGCAAGGAGAUUGGUAUGGGGUAACACCACCCCCAUCACCUGUUCUACCGCCUUCACCACCCCCACCACCACCCCAGCCACAGGACCGUAGGGUCGAAGAGAUGUUUCUAAGACAGAACCCACCAGUGUUUAAUGGGUUAGGAGACCCAACCGUUGCUGAAACUUGGAUACGCGCACUGGAACACAUAUUCAACUUCCUGCACUGCACAGACCAAGAACGCCUAUCUUGCGUAACUUUUCAACUAAUUGGACCUGCUGACUUCUGGUGGGAAGCAAGAAAAAAGACCAUGACUCCAGAGCAACUCAGGGAGAUGACUUGGGGGGAAUUUAGAACUGAAGUCUAUGACAAAUACAUCCCUAAGAGCUACCGGAAGAGGAGGGAGGUAGAGUUCUACCAUCUGGAACAAGGACAAAUGUCAGUGACGGACUAUGAUCGGAUGUUCUGUGAGAUGGCUCGGUAUGCACCAGACCAGGUGGACACCGACCAAAAGAUGGCUGAGAAAUUCUGUAUCGGUCUGAGGUGCGAGAUAAGGAUGACUCUGGCUAGUCAUGGAGGACUGUCUUACACUGAAGCUCUGGGACGGGCACUAGACAUUGAGGCAGCUAUGCUGGGAGAUAAAACCACGCCAGUUGUGAACCCUACUCCACCCCCAACUCAGUCCCAAGCAUCCAGGGACAAGAGGAAGUGGGAAGAACCACGAGCCCAACCUGAGCCUAAGAGGGGAGGGUAUGGACCAAUCAAGCCACAAAGAGGUGGAUAUCAAGCUACCCAUGGAUCAUUCGAAGGAAACACACCGAAGCCCGCUCCAUGCCCCAAUUGCAACAAACCACAUCGCGGCACCUGCAAGUUAGGGACGAAUGUCUGUUUCAGCUGCGGAACUACUGGCACUUGUUAA